AUGUCGUUGAAUCAAACGUCGUCCCAAAUAGCCGAAGAUCCAACAUCGACAAAAACCGCACAAUGCACCGUUAUGUGCAUGUAUCAAGCGCACAUUGGCGGCUACUGGCGGACAGUGACGGCCCUUUGGACCAAAAACAUGAUGAAUCACUCGUUAAACAUCUUCGUAGACAGCGUGGACUCCGACCAACGACAAAACUGCAAAAUUGAUCUCAAGCCAUGGCAUUUUUGGGGCAAAAAGAGUUACAAAACGUUCGAGGUCGACGGGCUUCAAAUUGACGUUUAUUGGGAUCUUCGGUCAGCAAGGUUUUCUGGUUCACCGGAACCGUGCUCGGAUUUCUAUGUUGCGUUAGUUUGCGAUGAAGAAGUUGUGUUAUUAAUAGGUGACUUGAAAAAGAAGGUAUACAAGCGGACGAAAUCCCGGCCGGGCGAAGCCAACGCCAUUUUAUUUUUUAAAAAAGAGCAUGUUUUCGGGAAGAAAAGCUUUACAACACGAGCGAAAUUCGAUAAACACCGGAAAGAUUACGAGAUCGUGGUGGAAAGCUCGACGUUAGGGCCAAAAGAUCCCGAAAUGUGGAUCAGCAUCGACGGAAUCGUGCUGAUCCACGUAAGAAACUUGCAAUGGAAGUUUCGAGGGAACCAAACAGUGUUGGUGAACAAGCAACCUAUCGAGGUGUUAUGGGACGUGCACGCUUGGCUUUUUCUGAGCCCAGGUUCGAGCCACGGGUUGUUUAUUUUCAAGCCGGAUGGGUCAGAAGGGAGCGAUAACAGUAGCGUAAGCAAGUAUUAUUCGACAUACGGUAGUCCAAAAACUUCACAAUGCUGCCUUUUUCUUUAUGCAUGGAAGAUUGAAUAA